GGUAUUGUGAACCAGGUGAAAAUAUGUUGUGAAAAUUAUUGUGCAUAUUUAUUUGCUUUGCUGUAGUUUUUCUAUAUAUUUUGUUACAAUUAGUGAUAUAUUUAUUUUUAUAUUUUAUUAUAUAUAUAAUAACUUUUAAAAUCAGAAGCGAAAGAUAAAAAAAUAUAAGAUAAGCAUAAAAUUAGCCAGGAUAUUUAUGUGAAUAAAAUAACUAUCGUUGAUUCAGGAAAAGAAAGAGAAAGCAGUGCAAAGCAAGCAAAAAAUGCAUUGCUUGCAUACUAUAUAUAACAACUAAAUCAUACAUAAACGAUAAAUAUGUAAACAUAAGUUUACAGUAAAUGUACAUAACAACAAAUCUAAUAAAAAACGCGAAGAUUUUGUUUUCAAGUGUCGCGCAUACCGGCGAAAUAUUUGUGGCAUUUCAUGACAACUAUUUCUUAAUCAAUAAAUAUUAUAUAUAAACACCUGAAUUUGUUUAACAACUAGCAGAUAUAUUUAGUGGAACAAAAUGUCAGGACAAGUAGAAAUAAGUCAACGCAAUCAAAGAGAUGCCGAAAAUGGUCUCUAUCCUCAGAUGCCAUCUGAGCGUGGUCAAGUCGCUCAAAAACCGACACCAUCUCGACCACCACCACGUCGGCAAGACACAAUUGACAUGGAAGUUAUCCCAUUGAAUCGCAGUCAAUCCGCGCCAGCUGGAGUUGAAACAGAUGAUCGUCGAAGAGCUCGUCGUAUCUUUGACAAUCAUGACUCAGACGGCGAUGGCUUUAUCAAUACACACGAACUUAAAGGCCUCAUCAAUGCAGGCCUCUGCAGUGAUAUUCCCGAUUACAUUGCUACACAAAUUCUGCAGAUGUCAGAUGAUGAUAAUGAUGGUCGUCUGGAUUUCGAGGAGUUCUAUCGCAUGUCCCAAACACACAAAUGGAUGAUUAGAAAUAUACUCACCAAAUAUUGUCGCUUGGUUGUUCCACCGCCGAAAGCAAUCGAAGGUGACCAAUUGGAUGGUGUCUACGAAAAGCAAAUGUCCGUUUGUCCACCGCCACUGACCAUGGUGAUGUUCUCCAUAAUUGAAAUUUUAUUCUUCUUGGUGGAUGUCAUACAUUUUCAAGAUGAUCCUAAUAAUACUGCCAAUAUAGGUGAAAAUACAAAUGGUCCCGCCGCGACACUCUUCAUUUACAAUCCAUACAAACGUUACGAGGCUUGGCGUUUCGUCACUUACAUGUUCGUGCAUGUCGGCCUAAUGCAUCUGUUCAUGAACCUUAUCAUACAAAUAUUUCUGGGCGUCGCUUUGGAACUUGUACAUCAUUGGUGGCGUGUGGCUUUGAUUUACUUGGCUGGUGUAUUGGCUGGCUCGAUGGGCACGUCAUUGACAAGUCCGCGCAUUUUCUUGGCCGGUGCCUCUGGUGGAGUUUACGCGCUAAUCACAGCGCACAUUGCCACCAUAAUUCUGAACUAUAAGGAAAUGGAGUAUGCUAUAGUGCAAUUAUUGGUUUUUCUCAUAUUCUGCUUCACGGACUUGGGCACUUCUGUCUAUCGCCAUUUGACAGAUCAACACGAUCAAAUCGGUUACAUUGCGCAUUUAUCUGGCGCCGUUGCGGGUCUACUGGUAGGAAUAGGCGUGCUGCGAAAUCUGGAGGUACGUCGUUGGGAGAGAAUACUCUGGUGGAUCGCGAUUAUACUUUACUUUUCGCUAAUGAUGACCGGUGUUUUGAUACAUGUGUUGAUGCCCAAUUAUUUCCCACGUCAAGAAUACAAUUAGUUUAAAGUCAAUCCCAAAAACAAUACAAUCUGGCGCAGCAGCUUUUCUAACAAUAAUUUUAUGUACAUAUAUAUAUAUGUAUACACAUAUACGCACACAAGAACAUUAUAGAUGCAUUGAUAUUGCAUUAUUAGUAUUAAGUUUUAAAGUGCAAAUAUCAUGCCCCAAAGUGCCUUUAGAGGAUUUUAUAAAUUAACAGUAUAAAUAUCGAACUCAAAUGAUGAAAUACUUUGCCAAUGCUAGUUCUUAAAAUUAAAGGAAUUAACAUCAAAGUCUUGUAUUCCUUUAAAAUUGACAUUUAUGAUGGAAGCCUAAAAAUGCUCAUAAAGGCUUUGUGUGCUUUGACAGCAAAUUCAAACUGUAUACUACAAGUAGAAAUUGAGCUUCGUUAACUCUUUCGAGAAUAUUAAAAGUUUUUGGCAAAAAUAUUUAUUUUCUGAAGAUUUUUAUACAGAUUACAUAAGUAUAAGCGCAUAAUAACUUGUAACGUCACUUAUAAAGUUUUGUAUAGAAAAUGAAAAUAGUUAAGUGGAAUUGACACACAGAGGUAAGAAAUUUAUAUGGUUUUAUUAUGCCGUCGAGAGUUUAUAUAUUUUCUACAAUAAAAAAUAUUUUAUACAGAGACAAUACAUACGAAACGUAUAAAAAUAUUAUUGUAAUGUAAAUUUAGGAGAAAUAAAGAAACAAUUCGAUAUAUGGAAAAGUUAUAGCUUCUUAGAAAAAUAAUAACGUACAACAAUAAAAAUCAUAUUUUAUAAAUAAACCCUUACCUACUAUUAAAGCAGUCUAGAAGGCUUUGUUUGGCAAUUGUUAUCUGAGAAAUUAGCCCGAUAACUUUUGCUACCAAUAAAUAAGUGGUUUCACACAAAAAAUAUAUUGACAGUGCUUGGCUUUGAACGCAACAAAAGUUACCUCGUUUGAACAGGCUCUAAACAACAGUAAAAAUUUCAUCGUUUGAACAUGAACGAUGGUAAGUUCUUCCCUUGUAUUAAAUGUUGAAUGAGUGAAAGAGACAACCUAAUCUAUUGCGUGUUUCAAUUACUUUUUGUUUUGAGUUCAAUCAUAGCUGCUUAUGGAAAUAACAAUUUCUUUUGAAAGGUGUGGUGGUAGUUGCAAGUUGUAAGUUUGUAGUGUUGGUUCGAUUAGAGGGAACAAACUUAAGCCGCGUACCGGUGAAGUCAUCAGUGAAUUGUCACAAAGCAGUAUCAGGGAUUGCUGUGAAAGUAUCUAUGCAUUUCUUAAGGGCGAAUUGAAAAAAGUCGACAACUCUUGUGGAAGACAUUGGGUAAAUGUUUAUGUACAACCCUUUGUUGUAUAUAUGUGUGUAUUGGUGUUCAUAAAAUAGUUUUGAAUGUAUUGGAGUUUCGGGUAGUGUAGACUUGGCGGGUGGAAUACCCGAAAAAGUGUGUAAUAUUAUUAUAAAUAUAAAAAAUGGGCGACACACUUCAGAAUACAUCAGUGCAAUCCAUAAUGCAAGCACAAAUAAUUCCUCAAACUCGGUUUUAUUCAAUCAACCAACAACCUAUUAAAAUUAUAAAGUGUGGACCCGAAAAGAUACAAAAUGUUCAAUCGACAAACAAUACAACAGAAGUGAUGUCUCUUUUAAAAACAAUCUUAAACAAGCAGGAAUCACUUGAAAAGAGAAUAGCAGAAAUAGAAAAAAGCGUUUUCAAUACAGAAAUUCUGGUAUCAAGACAUGUUAUCAAGACAAGCGAAGUUAUUGCUCAAAACCAAGGUAAAUCUGAUUGUGAGGUAAAAGGGAAGUGGGUGAGUUCCGUUGAUGACAUUUUCAUAGAGAUUGGGGCUGAACUCCCUCUUGCAACAAUGGAUGCUCUUUUAAAAGUAGAAGAGAAACUAAGUGAGAAAGAAUAUAAUGAGUCAAUGGUCGAGUUUAUUAAAAAAUAUAAGGAUUCAACCGACAGCGUAGAUAAAGUUCUUCGCCAAGUUUUUGCCGAUGCACUAAUGAAGCAUUUUAAUUGGGAUGGACGUUGGGGAAAAAAGACACUUAGUUCAUUAAAAUUAAUUGACCAAAUUGUGUUUGAGGUAUUCAAGGUUGAUGGACGAAAAUCUUAUGAGCGGAAUGUUAAAAGAUAUGUAGAGCUUUCACACAACCGUUGGAAGAAAAAAAUGAGUUUGGAGAAAAAAAUAAGUUUGGAUAAAAAAAUGAUUUUGGAGAAAAAAAUCAAACAACAGAAUGACAUACUGGGAUACCCUUAACGGUACAUACAGAAAUUCAUUUAAUUUGUAGUGUAGUGAAAAUACCAGUUUGGAUUAAAAAGAUGUGAAACCAAAUUAAUGACGAAUGGGUUCUUUUAAUUUUUUUAUUUCGAAUAUUUAUUUUGAUUUUCUGCAUUUUUGAUAUUCUUACUGCUGAAAUUAAACUUUUUGCGGCUGUAUAUAUAAGAAGAAGCGUGUCACAUUUUGUUUUAUUUAGUACUGAAGCAUUUGCCCAUUUUUAUUAAUAUUGUGUUAAGUAAUUUUUGAUUCAACCAAAAAAAUUAAGAAUAUUACAUAAUAAAUUUUAUUAACAAUAUUUUAAA